UGCCAGUUCUUGUGGCCGUUUAAUAUACAUUUUAUUCAUUAAAAAAAUCAUGACUAGAAAGAAGGUUAAGCUAGUAUGGAUAGUUAAUGAUGGUGCAAGAAAAGCUAGCCUUAAGAAAAGAAGAAUUGGGCUAUUAAAGAAAGUGAGUGAACUCACCAUCUUAUGUGGUGUUAGUGCAUUUGCUGUAAUCUAUAGCCCAGGUGAAGCUGAGCCAAUGGUAUGGCCAUCAAAGCCAGUAGUGCAACAAAUGUUCAUAAGAUAUCAAAAUAUACCAGAAAUAGAUAAGUGUAAAAAGAUGGUGAAUCAAGAAAGUUAUUUAAAAGAGAGGAUGGGUAAAUUUUAUGAGCAUUCAAAGAAGAAUCAAAAAAAGAAUAGAGAUUCAGAAAUGUCUUAUCUUAUGGAUAGGCUCCACAACGAAAGAAAUGGAAUUGAUGAGUUUGUGUUAAGUGAGAUGCAAAUACUUAUAUGGUUGUUGGAGGAGAGGAUGAGGGAUAUUAGGAAAAGAGUAGAUUAUUUUCAGCAAGUUCCGCCUCUUCUUCCGCUCGGUCAUAACUUUGCUUCUCUUCCGCCACCUCAGCCUCAAGGCGUCGGCCAUAUUAACAUGGAGGUGAUGGGCGGAGGUGGUUCUGGUGAUGCAGAUCACAUCAUCAGAAAUAAUAAUAAUAAUAAUAAUAAUAAUAAUAAUUCUACGGACGCGAUGAUGUGGGAUCAAUGGUUUGUUGAUAUGAUCAACAACACUGAAAAUAUUGCUGCCGGUAGUAGUGUUGGUGGUACUAGGAAUGACAUGGGCAGUCUACCACUGCAUGCCUAUAACUUUCCGGCAGGCUAUUCUGGUGUUGAUCAUAUGGGACCUCAUGCCUUAGAGUUCAAUCUUCCUAACUUCACAGUGGCAAGCAGCAAUGACUACAGUGGAGAAAAUGCUACUUUUGAUAUGCGGUUGCCUCCUCCUAUGCCUCCUAUGGGGGAAAAUCCUUUCGGAUUGGGGCUGUCCUAUGAAACUAUUGCCGGAGACGUUGCUAAUACUGCAACAAUUGCAUUGGGGUUAGGGCUUCCUCCUACUAAUAAUGCCGGAAGUGACCUUGCCGGUAGCAGCAUGGGGCUGCCUGAAUUCUUUGGCGGCGGAGGUGAUACAGGGCUGCCAUAUGAUUUCUCAAGGGGUUGGCCGCAUAAUUUCUCUCCAUAAUCAUUGUAUUUUCUCUUUAGUUUCUGUUUUUCAUUUGUGUUAGAUCUAUGCAUGAGUAGAUAUCAU